AUGCAUCCAAAGAACUUGGUAUCCUGGCUGGUAUCCUUGGCUAUCAUUGUCGGUUCGGUCAUUGCCGCCGUCCCGACUUCUCCGGUGAAACUCAAUUACUAUACGUACCAAAAUAGCGUAUUCAGUGGACAAAUCUACGUCCAAAACAUUGCUUACACCAAGGUUGUGACGGUAAUUUGGGCUGAUGCUAGUAACAAUUGGAGUGGCUAUUCCACCCCCGCUUCAUUCUACCAAAGCAUCUCUGGUACCAGCUAUGAAUAUUGGAACUUUACCACCACUAUUGGAUCAUCUGGAAUUUCACAGUUCUACAUCCAGUAUCAAGUCAAUGGAAAUACCUACUAUGAUAACAAUACUGUGACCGCUACGACUUCUUCCAGCAGUAGCAGCUCUUCUACCACAAAGGCUUCCACUACUGGCACCACUGCCACUACCACCACUUCUGCAUCCACCACUGCAUCCACCACUGCUGCAGCUAGCACUGGCAUUGCUUCUUGGGUCAAUAAUGAGGCUUCUAUUAGUUACAAUAUCAUGUAUGGUAAUAUUGAUAUAGCUGGUACUGCUCCUGGAUUUAUCGCUGCCUCCCCAAGCACCUCCAGUCCUGAUUAUUACUAUGCCUGGGUCCGUGAUUCUGCCUUGACUAUGCAUGUUGUGGUCAACCAAUUCAACACAACUGGCGCCAAGAACAGUACUAUCUCCAAGAUCAUCACAGACUAUGUUACUUUCCAAGCCAACACUCAAACAGAAUCAACUCCCUGCAACUGCCUUGGUGAGCCUAAAUUCAACCCUGAUGGCUCAGCUUACACUGGUGCCUGGGGAAGACCUCAAAAUGAUGGACCUGCCGAACGUGCAAUUACUUUAAUCAAGUUUGCCGACAGCUGGAUUGGACAGGGAAACAAUGCUACCUACAUCAGCAACACUGUUAAUACUGUCAUCUUCAAAGAUUUGAAUUAUAUUACCACCGUUUGGAGUAAUACUUGCUUUGAUCUGUGGGAAGAAGUCAACGCCUUGCAUUUCUUCACUCUGAUGGUCCAACGCCGUGCUCUGCUUGCUGGUGCAGAGUAUGCUGCUCGUGUUGGUUAUUCAAACAACUACUCUACUGUUGCCGCAAGCAUUGCCACCAAAAUCGAUACCUUUUGGUCCUCUUCCUCAGGCAUUAUUCAAACUGCACAAAACUAUGUCAGCGGUGUCAGUUACAAGUCUUCUGGUUUGGAUGUUGCUGUCCUAUUGGCUGCCAUCCAUGGAGGAAAUGGCGAUGGCUUCUACACAUCAUCUUCUGACAAGAUCCUUGCUACUUCUCUCAAGAUUAAGAGCUCUUUUGCUAGCUUAUAUGGAAUCAAUUCAAACACCAGCGUUGGAACAGCUAUUGGCCGAUACCCAGAGGAUCAGUACAAUGGUGUUGGCACCUCACAAGGCAAUCCAUGGUUCCUCUCCACUGUUUUAUACGCCGAACUGUACUAUCGUGCCAUUUUGGAAUGGAAGGCCGCUGGCAAGAUUACGGUGACAUCUAUCAGUCAACCAUUUUUCGCUCAGUUUUAUAGCUCUGCAGCUUCUGGAGACGUCUAUACUAGCACUUCCACUCAGUUCAGCACCAUCACCACUGGAGUAGCCAACGCAGCUGAUCUCGUUUUCGCGCGUGUCCAAAAGCAUGCCAAUACAGACGGAGCUCUCAGCGAAGAAUUCGACCGCACCUCUGGAUUUGAAACUGGCGCUGUCAAGUUGACAUGGAGUCACGCUGCGUUUAUUACUGCUGCUUUGGCCCGCUCAGGAACUCCCAGUUUCUAAAGUCAACGUCUAUUUGCGGUUUUAUGUGACAGUCAUGAUGUUUAUUGAACAGACGCCGAUAGCUAUAAAAAAAAUAAAGUAAUAUGG